AAACUGAUCUCGUUCAGUUUUGUUUACUUCCUGCCUUUCUCCAUGUGGGCUAUGCAGUUUGAUAUCGUUUUUGAAGGUUGGCCAUUUCAGUGCUGCCGCUUGUGAUUUAUUUUAAUUCGCACACAGUAAUAAACAUUUAGUUUCUCCGCGUUUGAAAGUAUAUGCCUUGGUUAGAAAUUACUUUCUAUGUUAUGAGUAAUUUAACCUUCAACUACAGUAGUCAUUUAAACGUAAUAGCAUUAAUUGUAUGCUUAGUGGAACCGUUACCGUACCAUACUAUUUGAUAAAAAAAAAAGAAGGGUGUUGGUUAGGAUAUGUGUAGUUAAUGUGCGAGCUCUUAAAACAAGGUUUGAUAACUUACAUUUAACGCAGGAGUAAAAAAAAUAUAUAAGUUAUAUUUACGCAUGUGCCCAGCAGUAUGGCAAUGCAGAGUUUGCUCCAUCCUGAUUCGUGCUUGGUCCGGGUUGGGGAGGACAACAUGGUGGGGACAACAGACACGUUUCUCGAUAAGACAGAAGAGUGGACCGGGUCAGGAGGACACGUUUUCAGUUACAGAGGAAGCUGGCCUGUACCUUCAUUGGCCGUAUUGUCAGAGACGCUGUACCUACUGCAAUUUUAAUAAGUACAUCGCCCGGGAUGUAGAUCACAAUGCGAUGAGGGAGUGUUUGGUGCGGGAGACUGAGACUCUCCUUCGACUCAGCCAGGUGAAACGGAUCUCAUCCAUAUUCUUUGGAGGGGGGACUCCAAGCCUGGCCCGGCCUACCACCAUUGCUGCCAUCAUUGAAUCUGUUGCUAAGUGGGCACAGCUUCCUAGCAACGCAGAGGUCACUUUGGAGGUCAACCCUACCUCCGUGGGUGCUUCUAAACUGUCCGAGUUCAGAUCUGCUGGAGUGAAUCGCUUCUCCAUUGGAAUCCAGUCCUUGCAUGAUCCAGACCUUGUGAUCUUGGGGAGGGAUCACACGUCGCAGCAUGCCCUGCAGACUCUUGAGGAAGCGAAGAAGCUCUGCCCAGGUCGCACCUCAGUUGACAUUAUCUUCGGCCGUCCAGGACAGAGCGUGGAAUCAUGGGAGAAAGAGCUAGAGGAGCUGCUAUUGGUCUGCUGUGAUCAUGUGUCCCUGUAUCAGCUAACCCUGGAGAGAGGUACUGCCCUAUUUAAACAGGUGCAGGAUGGAAAACUGAGCGUGCCCAGUGAGGAGCUCACCGCCAGGAUGUACAAUGCAGCAAGGAGGAUCUUGGGAAAAUGUGGCUUCCGUCAGUACGAAGUUUCAAACUUUGCCAAAAACGAUGCAGUCAGUGUGCACAACCUGGCCUACUGGAAGGGAAGGCAAUACAUUGGCAUUGGGCCAGGAGCCCACGGUAGGUUUGUCCCACGGGGAGAUGGGGCGAUGCUGAGAGAAGCCCGGAUUCAGACUCUUGAACCAGACGUCUGGAUGAGGGAGGUGCAGAGGUGUGGUCAUGGAACCAGGAAGAGAGUGCCUCUGAGCCGACUUGGCAUUUCUGAAGAAGCCAUGGUGAUGGGUCUGCGGAUGACUGAGGGCAUCACUCAUGAACACUGGAAACAGAUCUGUUCUGAGUGGAGCCUACAGGAAAUCUUCACAGGGUCCCAGGAGGUGGAAGGCCUGCUCCAGGAAGGUUUGCUGAUCAUGGACAGCAGGGGAGUGAGGUGUUCCUGGGGAGGAUUGGCAGUGCUGGACAGCAUGCUGCCUGCUCUGCUGAACCAGCUUCAGAUGACAGUGUCAGAAGAGAGGCAGAGCAAGCAAGAAACCACCUUUUGAAAACUGCUGGGGAAGAAUCCAUUUUUAAUGACUAAUUGUAAGAAGUGCGUAUAUAGCAGAGUGACUCAUACAGUACUUCAAUAGCAUAAUUGACCUAACCACCGUCCAGGCUUCUAUGUUAAAUGUCAGUGACAUAUUUAUGGGGAGGAACCUCGUAAGCAUUCUUCUCAAUCACAAAAUAACAAGAACUUCCUUUUUAAAUGGUAUUUUUGACAUUGAAACCUUUUAUACAAACACGUGAAGCCAGUGAGAGCAGUAAAUGGACGGCACAGGCACGGGUUCCUAUCACAUGGGAACACUGUCUGUGCCACAUGGGGGCACCUGCUGUUUAGUGUGACCUGCGCGAUACCUGCCUGUUUUCUGUUUGUUUGCAAAAAGCUUUAUAGAAGUAGGGAACAGGGUUAUUUCUUCUUUUCCACAUUUUUAUUGUAUUUAUUGAGUCCAUUUAUUUUUUCAAGGCAAACCUCUAAACUUUGAUGAGCUGAGACAUGGUUUACCUAAAAGAGCUGGCAAACUUUAAAUACAUCUAAUUUCUAUAGCAAUGUUAGUUUUUUUUUUAUUUAAUUUGUUUUAAUUUGGAGUCUUUACUUUAAUCGAUUAAAAAUAUUUGUUAAUUUAAUUAGUACAUCAAAUCUGCUUUUAUAAACAACAAAGCAAAUGUGCUUUAAAUAAGGUUAAAACUCUUAUUAAACACACCACUGAAAUGUC